AUGGGUGAAUUACAUUACCCCGGCGCGCAAAGCGUCGACGAGGAUAGGCAGUAUCGGGCCCCGUUUCGCAGGCCUCCGCAGUACAGAUGGCCGAGCCCCCAACUGCCGCAGCCCUCGGCCUUCGCCCAGUGGCGGAGGGCUCCGGCACCGCCUCGGCCGCCGGACUACAGACGCAGUGCAUCGUACCCUGGUAAACCAGAUGACACUUACCAGGACCGAGGAGGCUUAGACAACAUGAGAUCCUUAGAACAUUACCUAACAGAUAUCAUGAGGGCGGACACUUCUGAACAUGUAAAAGGCAAGUCGCCGUUUUUCCCCGGCGUGGAGGAGGCGAGUGUUGCCAGCGCUGCGAGCGCCGGUUCCCCGCCUGGACCCAAUGAUCAGACACAGGACGUGGUCAACAGGCUCAGUGCUGCAGGUCUUUCGAUGUGCGUGAGCGCACUGGGGUCGCCGGCUCGGUCUUCGCCCGUGUCUGCUGGCUCUGAGCACGGUGAGAGAUUCAGUAGAAAAGUGUUCGUCGGCGGCUUGCCUCCGGAUAUCGAUGAAGACGAGAUCACUUCUUCGUUCAGGCGUUUCGGGCCGCUCGUCGUGGAUUGGCCCCACAAGGCGGAGAGCAAGAGCUACUUUCCACCGAAGGGAUACGCGUUCCUUCUGUUCCAGGACGAGAGCUCGGUGGCCGCUCUGAUGGAGGCGUGCAUCACGGAUGACGACAAGCUAUACCUGUGCGUCUCGUCGCCGACGAUCCGCGACAAACCGGUACAGAUCCGGCCGUGGCGGUUGGCGGACGCCGACUUCGUCCUCGACGCCAGCAUGCCUCUGGACCCGCGGAAGACGGUGUUCGUGGGAGGUGUUCCGCGCCCAUUGAAGGCUGUGGAGUUGGCGAUGAUUAUGGACCGCUUGUACGGUGGCGUGUGUUAUGCUGGCAUCGACACGGACCCCGAACUCAAGUAUCCGAAGGGCGCCGGGCGAGUGGCGUUCUCGAACCAGCAGUCGUACAUAGCGGCCAUCUCUGCGCGCUUCGUGCAGUUGCAACACGGCGACAUUGACAAGCGGGUCGAGGUGAAGCCGUACGUGCUGGACGACCAGAUGUGCGACGAAUGCGCCGGCGCACGAUGCGGGUCGAAGUUUGCGCCCUUCUUCUGCGCCAACGUCACUUGCCUACAGUACUACUGCGAGCACUGCUGGGCGACCAUCCACUCGCGUCCGGGUCGCGAGUUUCAUAAGCCGCUAGUGAAGGAGGGCGCGGAUCGGCCUCGCGCGGUGCCCUUCCGCUGGUGUUAA